UUCUAAAUAUUGUCAUUUUGUUAAAAUGCAUUUACUAUUUUGUCUUUUUGUUUGCCUGAGCUGCACUUUUGCUCAAGUUUCAAUAAAAUAUUCAGCGAUGCUAUUUAGUUCGGGUUUUAAUACGUCGAUAAAGCCGUAUCCUACAGAUCCAUUACGUGAUGAAGCUGUAUGGCCGUAUAAAUAUAGCAAACUCAUCGAUAUCGGUAAUGAACAGCAUCACGCUUUAGGACGAUGGUUUGGAGAACGAUACCUUAAUGCGUCUUUAAAUCGAUGUGACCCUGAAAUGAUCUCCGCACGCUCUAUCGACGAAGAUGUAUCUAUAAAAUCGGCACAAUAUAACUUAGCUGGUAUGUGUCUUUCAAAUAUGAGCAACAACAAUCUUACGAAAGCAUAUUUGGCCCAGCAACCGAUUUUUAUAACAACCGUACCAGUAAAUGAUGAUGAAAUUUUGGCUAUGAAAAGAUUAUGUCCGGAAUAUAAUAAACUCAAAAAUGAAUUUAUAAACACGGAGUACUUUAAAUAUAGACUCAAUUUCUACAAAAAACUACUGGAUUACUUAUCGGAACAUACAAACAAGACCGUUGAAAGCUACGAUGAUAUUAAUGAAAUUUAUAACAUUUUGUUGGUCGAGUCCUCGUACAAUUUGACUUUGCCAAGCUGGGCUCAAGCGGUUUUUCCAAAAAAACUCGAAGAUCUGGCGUGUUAUAGUUAUGCUUUGUCAUCUGCAACCCCAACUAUGGCCCGUUUAUUGGUGGGACCAUUGAUCCAAGAAAUUGUGAGUAACAUGGCUUAUACAAUGUUGGAGAUGCCAAAUGAUGUUACAUUGUCAAUAUAUAGUGGAGAUGAUAGCACAAUAGGUAAUGUUCUGAAUGCUUUGAAUUUGUUUGAUGGGCAAUGUCCACUGACCACUGCAACAAUUAUAAUGGAACUUUUAUAUGAUAACUCCACAAAUGAUUUUUACGUGAGAAUAUUGUAUCGGAGCAACAAAGACAUGGUUGAACCCUUUGCUAUAGACAUACCUCAUUGUGGAACCCCAUGUGGAUUUAGAAAUUUUACUCAGAUAUACCGUCAUCUUAUGUCAGUUGAUUGGAAAGAAGACUGCUACAAGGACGAAAACGAUUGGACAUUUACACGAAAACUUAUAAUAAUACUGUUUCUCCUAAUAUUCUGUACUUUUGUACAUUGCGCCUAUUAUUUGUGGUUUGCCAUUGAUAAAGAAGCUUUGAGCGAGGAAGACUACCCAGAUGUUAUGAUGGUACAAGUGUUUACAUUUUAAGCUAUUAUGAUGGGAACUCAGUCCUCAUUUAUAGUGCCUUUCACUUAACCCUUUUUAGUGUAACUUAGUUCAGUUCAGUUUUUGGAAUUAUUCAUUGUUGGUGUCUCACAUUCGUCUUGGAAAUAAUUUUACUUUGUUUGGUUUUUCAUAAU